GGAGUUGUACUGUAUUAACAGGCUGAAGCGAACAUCACGAUAAUGAUGACCUCUGUGCAUGCAAGCUUGAUUUCUGUACAUACAUACACGUAGUAUCCAAUUUUCUCCGACGCCAUGACGCUGCGCGAACAAACCGGUUUCGUCUCGAAACCAUCCGAAGGUCUUCCCGAUACCUUGAUACGAAGUAACGCUGGGCCCGCGGGCCCGGUCCCCUCCCCGGUUGCGGUCCCACAACGGAACCCGGGGUCAGCGGCCGAAGAUCAACAGCAAGACGGAGAAAAGCCGGAUCGGAGCGGAAACGGAAAGGAGGACUGCACCUUUCCACAACCGAAGCUCCGCCUCCAGAUCCACGAUCUCGACCACCCCGGCGCGUCUAAAUUUCUCGGCGCUGUCAACCCUGCCACCGUCCUCUCCACUGCUGUAGACAAUGUCUUGAGACUGCUCUAUCGCUCGCCGUCAGACCGGCACACAACAGUGCCCCCGACCCGGUCUGUGACGCUUAUACUGCGUGACAUGGAUGGGGUCGCCUAUACAACGGGGACGGACCUAGACAACGAUCACAAAGAAAUCCACUUCUCCCUCGGCUACAUCAACUCCAUCAAGCCACCCUCUCGGCUCACCCCUGAGAUCACCGGCGUCUUGACCCACGAGUUGGUGCACUGCUAUCAGUGGGAUGCCCAUGGCAGCUGUCCCGGGGGGCUGAUCGAGGGGCUUGCCGACUGGGUGCGCCUCAACUGUGAUCUUAGCCCACCGCACUGGAAGCGCGAAACGGAUGGUGCCUGGGACAGAGGAUAUCAACACACGGCCUACUUCCUGCAGUUUCUCGAGCUGCGCUUCGGCGAGGGCACGAUCCGCCGCCUCAACGACAAAUUGCGACGGCACAAAUACGAUGCCAAGCGGUUCUGGCCCGAACUGCUGGGCGAAACCGUCGAGAAGCUGUACAGCGACUACGUUGAGAACUGCGAGGGUGGAGAGGAGCGAACCUGAACAUAGACCUGACAUGUACAGUUUAGGAUAAUACCGGGGGGGUGGGUACCAGUUGUAAAUAAGCUGUGAAUCGUACGUUUGGGGAGAGACGGAUCAUAUAUAGGUAUAGUGAAUAGAAGAUCGUCUAUCUUGAACCU